GCGUUUUUACUCACAAUUUGGCGUCUUUGAAGUUUUCGAAAUGUCUCGAUAUUCUCGCCCUCCAAACAGUUCUUUAUACGUCCGAAACCUUCACCCGGACUCAAGACCAGAUGACUUGCGAAGGAUGUUUGGCAAAUAUGGCCGAAUCUCCGAUGUGUAUGUUCCACUGGAUUACUACACGAGGGAACCCAGAGGAUUUGCUUAUGUACAAUUUGAAGAUAUCCGUGAUGCAGAAGAUGCUUUGUAUUAUCUGGACAGGGUAAUGCUUCUUGGUAGAGAGCUAGAAGUACAGUUUGCAGAAGGUGAUCGUAAAACACCUAGUCAGAUGAGAACCAAGUCCAAAGGUGGCUAUUAUGAUGACUACAGAGAUGACAGGCGAAGRUCAAGAAGCAGAAGCCCAAGGAGAAGGCGAAGAAGCAGGAGCCCAAGGAGAAGGCGCCAAAGAUCAUACUCUAGAUCACGCUCACGUUCACCAAAGCCCAGCCACAGAGACAGAGAUGAAAAACGAUCAAGACGUGACUCCAAACAUGAACACCGCUCCAAGUCACGAUCCGCAUCACGAUCGCCAACCCCGGCAGAGAGGUCGCCAUCAAGGUCUGGUUCAAGAUCGCCUUCACCUAGAGAAGAAGCCAGAGGUGACGAGGAACAGAACGACAGAACAAGUAGAAGCCCAACUCCCGAGUAAAUUGUUAUAUCAUAACAGCGUUUUUGUAGAUUCGUUUCUAAACCGGUGAAUACUAUACCGGUUUAACUUGUAGACGCAGUGUUAUAUUGUUUUGUUUUAAAUGUACGCAUGUUAAUACUGAAGAUAUAGCUGGUUCGUUCAUGGGUACGGACCCCUCCUAAGACCUUGUAGCCGUUAAUACGUUGCGUAUCUCAUUUGUAAUCAUUUUCUGUGGAGUGCUCUCCUACCUCGGAUGACAUGCAAACACAAUUUAUUAGUUCUAAUUAACUUAGAGUGAAGCCAAAAACUUGUGAAAUAGAUAUUACGGUAAUACGCCUUAGUACGAUCUAAUUACAUUGUUUGACUAUUGGGUUUAGUGACUUCACUCCAGAGUCUUGUUCAUUAAGCCGUGAAAUUGAAUGAAGUUAUAAACCCGUGAAACAUUUUCAUUUUUCAAUUAAGAAAUAUAUGAAAUCAUGUUCGAUUUUAGUCCUCAUUCCAUGAUCAACAACUUAUUACUGUCUUCCUUUUAAAUUAUUCAAUGUGAAUAAGUACAGGCAAUAGCGUGUUUUGUAGUGGUAUUCGUGAUAUUUCAAAAUUGUCAAACAAAAUUUCACGAUUGAAGCGAUUGAAAUUUGUGACACAAUUUUGAAAUAGAGUCAUUUUCAUCCGUCUGUGAAACAAUUACUACUAGUCAGUGUUUAAUAGUAACUAUUAGGGUGUAGUGGGCUACCAAAUUCAAUACCGUGUUUGCUUCAUUAGUUUGUCGCAUGUCAUAAGUUAAACUAUUGGGAGCUAAUAGGGGAUAAUAGUAUCAAAUAGUACAAUUCCUAUUUGACAGACGGAUGAAAAUCACUCUGUCACAAGUGGUAUUUAUCCCAAAGUCCACGUACAAAACAUGCUAUUAUUUGUUUAUAACAUGCAUGGUUGGAUAAAAUUGUUCAAUUUGAAAUACCACUAUAAAGGAUAAAUACCACUCCUCUAAGCCAUUCAAAUUGCACAAUUUUGUUCAACCAUAUUAGUCAUUUUCAUCCGUCUGUGAAACAAUUACUACUAGUCAGUGUUUAAUAGUAACUAUUAGGGUUUAGUAGGCUACCAAAAGGCAAAGUCAAAACCGUGUUUGCCUAAUUUGUUUUUCGCAUGUCGCAAGUUAAACUAUUUGGAGCUAAUAGGGGGUAAAAGUAUUUAAUAGAACAAUUCCUAUUUCACAGACGGAUGAAAAUGACUAUAAACAAGCAAAUUGUAAGUUGCUGUAAUGAGGAUUAAGAUCGAGCAUGCUUCCAUAUUACCUUAACCAUAUAACAGUGUAGAGACCACGGAGACAAAGUUACUUCGCCAUCAUAUGUCUUCAAUCUGUUAACGGUUAAAUACUGCAGACUUGGUGAUCCCUUACGAUUCKUGCACUGCAUACUUAUUGUCUUAGGUCAGUAUAAACUUGGACUCAGUUUUUCACUCAGUUUUCGGUCCAAUAACCACCUGACUUGGCAUACUUUUGAAAUUUGUUCARUUUUUAAGUGUAAUGUUGAUGUUAUUUGUAGUAUUUUAUUUAGUUUUACAGAGAAAUAAACGACUAAAAAAUA